AUGAGUGCGUCCAAUGCCGCGGACGCGGCCAAGACAGAUGAUCUUGCCGAUGAUUGGGAUGCGCAAUCUGAUGACGAUGAUGAAGCACCAGCGCCGGCACCAGUGACUGCGAACGCGACUUCGACACAAGCCAAAGCUGGCGCUCAAAAGGAUGAAGAAGAUGAUGACGAUGAAGCAGACUCGGAAGGCACUUCUUCUGACGAUGAAGAUGGCGAGGACACUGACGCUCGCGUUCUGAACUCGUACCGAAAAUUACUAUCACGAAGAGUCGAUCUCGUGGGCGACUAUGCUGGAGACGAACUCUUCAUCAUCGAAGGCGACUCACUUCUACUGCGAUGCUUUUCCGACCGCAAACUCGACUUCUCGCCUGGCUUUCAGAUGUUGCACGCCACGUACAAUGUCGAGCAUCUACUUCACAACCUCGUCACGCGGAAGUGUAAUUUCCAUAUUGUUUUCUUCGACUGCAACAGGGAUCUGUGUGUCCCGCCUACAGCGAAGGAGGAGGACGUGGCGAAGUUUCACUUUGCUCGGGCUGCAUUGAUAAGGCAUUUGUCAAUAUCGCUGCCGAAAUCUCAUCCGGAAGUCAUGGUCAAGAAUUUUGACAGUUACGCUUCGGAAGCAUUCAACACUUACUUGACCAAGACUGGACCAUACUUCUUGAUGAUGCACGACGGUGCCUACCCAAUCGAGCAGAGGGGUACUGAGUCAGAGCUUCCGUCUGCUGAGGCAGCGCCAACAUCACAGCGGGUCGCACUUCGUCGCAUGAUCUUGCAGUUCAUCGCCCGGAAAUACAACAUUGCUCUGAUGAAUGGUCUGGAGUGGCGAGAUACCAAGGUCAUGACGAUCGUGCUGGAGGCGAGACAUCGGGCGAAUGCAGUCGGCACAUCGGCCUUGACGGUGCCUACCGUUCCAAAAGCUGAGUCGCAGGACGCGAGCGACGACAUGUCGAAGGUGGGAGAUGUCGAGCUAAGCGCUCGAGAGCUGCUGGCUGUGCUUGCCGUCAGCAGGAUCAUGAGGAGUCCGCCAGCAGACAUUGAUGCUGCAGUGCUUGCGAAGCUGUGCUGUCUCUACCUGCUUCACGUCGCACUAUUGUCAGACAUGCCGCUGGCAAGUCGUCGAGUCGCAAGCAAUCCCGGCCUAGAUGGAGCUCAGCAAAUACUGCGAUCUGCCGCGAGCAUGUCUGCUGCUGUGCUCACUGGUACGCAGGGUUUCGGCAAGAUGGAGAGAAGUAACGAUAUCGCAGACUCUGUCGAUGGACGACUCUAUCUUCAUCUCACGAAGCAUGCAGUCUCGCCUUCCAGCAAGGCGCAGAGUGUUUUAGACGAACUAUUGUCUGCAGUCGAGCAGCUCUCGAGUGCUCAUCUCGUGCUCGAGAAGAGCAGCUCAGUUGGCAAAUCUGGCAUGAACGGCCAUAAUGCGCCAAAGCAGCGCAACGCCGAUGAUAUGGCAGUCUUACCCUUCUCCAAUUCGGUGUUCGACAAGCAUCUGGAGCCUGUGCGACUACACAUUGAUGAUACUGUAGCAGGUCAGCAGACGGCACAGAACCACCGAAUCUUCCAGGAGCUCACACAUUGGCACAAUGCUAAGAAGCCGAUAAUCAAGAAAGGCCCACCAACCAAGGCGGAUGAGAAGCAAGCAUUCUGGGUUGCGAAGCGUGAGCAGUUGUUCAUGGCUGAAAUGCGGACGUACGCUGCCAGUCUCACAAACGCUGUGGGCAAAAGUCUAGAGCCAGAAGUCAUCAUCGUGGGUGGCGGCAAGGCAGGCAGCAAGUCAACUUCGGCGAUCACAUCGCCAGCAGACUCCGAUGUGUCUGACAGUGGUACAUCAACCACUAACGCAAAAGGUGGUGUCGGCAAGAAAGGUUCUGGCAGCAACAAGAAUGUCAAGCAGAAUCAGGCUAAACAGGCCAUGCUGGCCAACAUUAAGACUGAACAAGCGAAGAAGGAAGGUUCAGCAGCCGACAAGAUUGUGAAGGCGUGGCAGGUAGUUUGCAAGGCUCUAGAUCUCGAGAAAGAGACACGGCUGAAGUUCAGGAAGGCCAAGGACUACGUGACGAAUCUACAAGCGACAUGGCAGGAUGUGCUCGAAGCAGAAGUCAGGCUGUAUAUGCUGAACUGCGUACUCCAAUACUGGAUUGAUGCUGUACGCCGUAAGGAGCACUCUCGUCGUGUUGAGGUUACAGCUCUGAUCUGGAAUCUUGCUGAAUCGGUCAUGAAAAGCAAGGGCUUGACGAAGGCUGUCGCUAUCAGCGUUGAGCUUACUGUCAAGACAUUGGAUCUACCGGCUGCAGCCAAAGCUCCCUCGGACCCUUUGUCUGAUCGGAAACUGGCAUUCACUUUUGCUUUGCCAGCUAAGCUCGUGGACUCUCUGGCGAUUGGGAUGCCAUCGAAAGACUUCCAGCUGACAUACUGCGGGCCUUAUAUGGAGCGUAGCUUCGACUCAAAGCCAGAUAGUCGAGUCGCUUUUCAGCCUGACGGCUGGCAGCGCAAGGUUUUGGAUGGCAUCGACAAAGACCAGAGUGUGUUUGUGGUCGCCCCUACUUCUGCUGGCAAGACGUUCAUAUCAUUCUACGCCAUGCGGAAAGUCCUCGAGGCUGACGAUGAUGGCGUGCUGGUCUACGUGGCUCCGACUAAGGCUUUGGUCAAUCAGAUUGCUGCUGAGAUCCAGGCUCGCUAUACCAAGAACUUCAAGUAUGGCGGCAAGUCUGUUUGGGCUAUCCAUACACGAGACUACCGCAUCAACAAUCCUACCGGCUGCCAAGUCUUGGUUACGGUGCCGCACGUGCUGCAAAUUAUGCUUCUCGCGCCUUCCAACGCAAACGGAUGGGCCAGUAGGGUGCGCCGCAUCAUCUUCGACGAAGUACACUCAAUCGGUCAAGCUGAAGACGGUGUUGUCUGGGAACAGCUCUUACUUAUGUCACCAUGCCCCAUAAUCGCCUUGUCCGCCACGGUCGGCAACCCAGGCGAUUUCGGUGGCUGGUUGACAGACACGCAGAAGGCCAUUGGCAUUGAUUUGAUCACUGUGCAGCAUCCGCAUCGUUACUCAGAUCUUCGCAAGUACUAUUACGUACCACCGAAGCAGUUCGUUUUUGACGGCAUACCCGAUAGAACCACAUUCGGUGUACUCGGCCUAGAAGGUCUGACUGGUUUCAACAACGUGCACCCGGUCGGUGCUCUUGUCGACAGGUCGAGAGGUGUGCCUGCAGAUCUUGGCCUUGAGCCGAGAGACUGCUUCGAGUUGUGGAAAGCUAUGAACAAGCUGCAGACCGCAGACUACGCAGUCCCUGCCGAACUCAAUCCCGCCAAAGCACUACCCACAGUCUGUCGCAAGAUCGACAUCCUGAAUUGGGAGAAAGAGCUCAAGGCUUUGCUGAAGAGUUGGCUAGCCGCCGAAGACUCACCGUAUGAGCAGCUGGUCAAUGAGCUGGAAGAGAGUUUCAGGCUUGACGAUCGUGAGGCUAAGCAGACCACGCAAGCGUUGAGCGACUCCAAUGCGAGCACUGUAGAUAUCACCGACCCAGCCGACCUACACAAGACGACUCUGCCGAUGCUGUGCAGGCUGCAUGCACACGAUGCUCUGCCCGCCAUCCUUUUCAACUACGAUCGCCAUCAGUGCGAGAAGAUCUGUCAAGUAGUGUUGCAGCAGCUGCAAGACGCUGAGCUAUCGCAGCGCAAGAGUGGUCCGAAAUGGGAGAAGACGCUUGAGCGUUGGGAGGAGUGGAAGAAGGUGCAGCUCAAGAAUGCGAAGACCAAGGCCAGUGGCAAGAAGGGCAAGCUGCAGGACGAAGAUCAAGGCUCAAAGCUCGACCAACAACGUGAUACCGCGGAUGCGAUCUCUAGUCCGUGGGAUACCUUCAGCCCAGAAGCUCCGAUCGAUGGCUUCCAUUUCGCCGAUUACACACGAGUCCAGCUGUCAGAGCUUCAGAUCUACAUCAAACAGCUCGGCAAGCGUAACAUCAUCCAGUGGCUCAUCGAUGCGCUGCAGAGAGGCGUCGGUGUCCAUCACGCUGGUAUGAAUCGCAAGUAUCGCCAAGUCGUGGAGAUCCUGUUCCGCAAAGGCUUCCUGCGCGUUAUCAUCGCUACUGGAACACUUGCGCUCGGUAUCAAUAUGCCUUGUAAGACAGUCGUCUUCAGUGGUGAUUCAGUCUUCUUGACUGCACUCAACUACAGGCAAUGUGCUGGUCGUGCGGGACGUCGUGGCUUCGAUCUGCUGGGUAAUGUCGUCUUCCAGGGCGUUAGUCGGGAAAAGGUCUGUCGUUUGAUCAGCUCGAGACUGCCGGAUCUCAGUGGUCACUUCCCGAUCACCACAACUCUGGUACUGCGUCUGUUCACGUUGUUGCACGAAUCGAAGAACUCAAAGUAUGCUGUGGGAGCUAUCAAUGCGCUACUGGCACAACCCCGAUUGUACAUGGGUGGACCUUCCUUUAAGGAUCAGACUAUGCAUCAUCUUCGCUUCUCGAUCGAGUAUCUUCGCCGACAACAUCUGCUGGCACCUAAUGGCGCGCCACUGAACUUCGCAGGACUAGUCAGCCAUCUCUACUUCACAGAGAACUCGUCAUUCGCCUUCCACGCUCUCCUGAAGGAAGGCUACUUCCACGAUUUGUGUGGUGAGAUGAAGAAUAAGGAGAAGGAUACUGUCGAGACUCUUAUGCUGGUCAUGUCUCACCUCUUCAACCGCAUCUUCUGUCGCCAGGCAGAUGUCGAGUACCGCGAGAAGAUGGUCAAGCCGUCUUCCUCCAUCGUCUUCCUUCCACCUCUGCCGAAGAGAGCAUCGGAGAUUCUGCGCCAGCACAAUCAGCAGACCUUGGCCGUGUAUCGCACAUAUGUCGAGACGUUCGUCGAUCAACAUGUGAAGCACGAUGAUCGCAAAUUGCCACUAACAGGCAUGAACGCUGGAGCUGAUGUGCGCGGAGACAAUACUUCUAUUGAUGGAUUGCCAGCAGUCAAGACUCGCUCGCCAUUUGUCGCGCUUUCUGGUGCUGGCGAUGACUUUGACACGGUUCACGACUUGUGUGCUACCACCAGAGAUGGUGUCUUCCUAGAGGAGGCUGUCAUUCCGCAUGUGUCGGUGUACCCCGAUGAGAUGGAGCUUCCACUGAAUGCAUGGCUUCUCGACUUUUUCAAGCAUGGCGACGUCAUGACCAUCGAGAAAGCAAACGGCAUCCGCAGAUCAGACAUCUGGUUCUUGCUGAACGACUUCUCCCUUGUCCUGGCUACCAUCAUCACCAGUCUGCUGAACUUCAUGAAGCUUAGAGAAGGUACCGAUUUGGACAUGCUGGACGUCAUGGGUGACCUCGACGCCCACGAUGAAGCGGAGGACAAUGAGGUUGCAGCUUCCGAGGACAACGAGAGCACGAUCACUGCUCCCAGCGUCGCAGACUCUGUUAUGUCGGUGGUACAGCGUCCAGCGAAGCCGGUCGUCACGACGAAGAAGGCGAAGAAACUUGACAGUUGGGAAGACGCAGCUGAGCAAGAAGAAGACGCCAGCCGUCGUGAGGAUAGACGUGCCGCCAACGCUGCGAAGCUCCAGGCUGAAGUCAGCGAGACUUUGCAGACGGCGGGUGGGAGUGGAGAGGAUCUCAAGGAUGUGCUGAAGGCAUUCCAGAAAUUGCAUACGGAGUUCAAUGUGAAGUUCAGGGCUAUGUGGGCUUAG